UCGCUAGCUAGCGAGAAGUCUUCCCGCAGUUACCUUCACCUCCCAGUUCAGGCAAUUGUGGGACGACUUUUCGUUGGUGCUGCUGUCCCUUGUCCUGUCGGCCUGUCUACUCCCAGUCUAGCCAUUUCCCUUGACCGAUCUUCUUUUCCGCUAGCUUGCUCUGACCGUUUUGGUGGGACCGCGGACAAGUACAAUGGCAGCAGCAUCCGGAGAUCCAGACUUAGCCGACGAGCGGGGGGAAGGAGGGGAGCGAGUGUUGGAGUUGUGUUGGGAGUUUUUGUUUCGCCAUUGUUCGGACAACGCGUUGAAUGAAUUCGGACGGCUCGCCCCGCCUCCUAAUUCCAGUAUCGUGCUGAAGAAGAUGAUGUACCUGCGAACUAUUGAGUAUCACUUAGACAAAUACGGUGUGACGGAACCCGUUAUAGAGAUUCUCCAGUCUAUCGAUAAACUUAGCAACGAAGAGUUUGUUAAGAGCUGCCAAAAGCCCCGUAGAAAGAACCGCGUGUCUGGCGUUCCUAGGAGGAAUAACGGGACCCGUGAUAACGAGGACGAUUUAACGAGUGUCAUCGAGUCUUUCCCGCCAAAAAAGCUGGGGCCACCGCCAGAGCCAGAAAUGAUGCUGGAAAUUAUGACAGCAGUUGCGGUUCGGUUUCUAGACGGGAAGCCAUGGAAUCAGUGCCACUAUCGUGAAGUUCUGAGUACAGUAUGGGCGGAGGCGGAGUCAGGAGACGAUUUAGACGAUGCUGACGUGGACGCCAAAAAGAAGACGGACCACGUGCGGCAGCUGGAGGCUCGGCGGAAGGAGCUAGUCGCUGCGGUGAACGACCCGAGCCUGCAGGCUAGGCUCGUAAAGAAGUACCCCGUAGCCGAGGCUGCUAAGAUGGUACGGAGCUACAUGGCAGAUUCGUGGGCUUGGUUCGGCCAGCCGGUUCUGGAUCUAGUGGAAGAGAAAGUGCGUCAAGCGAAUGUGAUUAUGAAGAGGGAUGCUCUAACGCCAGAUGAACGAGAGAGAGGGGAUGGUGCCGGGGGUAUUGGUGGUGUUGCUUGUGGGGGUGCACGUGAGAGUGAAACGGGAUGUCCAGAAGGAUAUGUGACUGUAUCUGCGCGUGAUCUUAUCGGGAGCUGGUUCCCUGAAACCCCGGGCCGACAACCAGAUGGGGUUCGGAAACAGCAGGAGCAGGUGCAGCAGCAACAGGGCCAACAGCAGCAAAAGCAACAGCAACAGCGGCAGCAACAAAUUGGAAGAGCACAGAAUGAGGAACCCCCACAUGCCGAAGAAUAUAGGAUGGAAGAAACCGAUAAUCUCCCUGAAACUCAGGAGCACGCAGGCCCCGGAGGCGCUUCUGCUUCCAAAAAGCGCAAGGUAGCAGGCACUAGCAGUGUUUUUGCUGCCGCUCCUGCUGCCGAUGCUGACCAGAUGGUUCGGGAGCUGAGAGAGAGCAGUGCGAGACUGAAGGCUGUGGGGCAGGACCCCCUGCCAGACGCAAUCCGACUGGCCGAAGCUGCCAAAGCGCAGGUUCGGGAUCAGGCUCGGGGUCAGGCUGGAGGUCAGGCACGGAAUGGUGGAUUGCGAGGAGAGAGGGAGGAGGUCGGGGUUGGUAGAGCGAGAAUGGGGCAAAGGAAUGUGAGGGAGGAGGAGGAGAGGGAUGAGGAUACGGAAGAGGAAGAGGAGGAGGAUGGGGAGGAGAAGAGGAGGAGAGUAGAGGAAAGCAGGAGGAAGGGGAAGGGCGAGGUAGAGGAAAGGGGGAGGGGAGUGGCAAGGGAGACAGGGUUGCAGGUUCUGGGAAGAGGGCAGGGCGGGGAAGGACGGCAGGAGGGUGGAAGGAGGAGGAAGAUGAUGGAUCCCCAGCCAACUGCCCGGAUUCUAGAGUGGUCGGACGAUGACGAGGAGUUAGAGGAGACACAGGAGGCCGCCAAAACCUUCAAUUGGAAAGCCUCUGUGCGUGGUCCCUCUGCUGCUGGGGAUCCCUCUGCUCGUCAACCUCAAGGCUCCAAGGAUCGGCGUGCCAACCUUCCCACCGCAGUCCAUCUCCGCACGCCCUCAGCCCCCCGCCUCUCCCCUCUCAACCUCCGCUCCUCCACUGCUGCUGCUGGUGCCGCUGCCGGUGCUGGUGGUGCUGGUGGUGCUGGUGGUGCUGGUGGUGCGGGCGCAAGGAGGGGUGGGAGGCAGCGAGCUGUGACCCCGACUGGGAAGUUCAGGAGGCCGAAGCGGCCUUUCAGCGCAGAGGAGACCGACACACUCAAGAUUGGCGUGAUGAGGUUUGGCAAGUCCUGGUGUCAGAUAAUGCAGGAGUAUGCCGAUGUCUUUGUGGGCCGCACUCAGGUUGAUUUGAAGGACAAGUACAGGAACUUAGAAAAGGCUGGUGAGGUUUAGAGGAUUUUGGGGCCAGUGUUUAAUCUUUGGAAGACUUACAAUGUGAUUCCAAAUCCUCCAAAUCUGUAGAGCAAGUUUUUUUUUUUUUUUUUUUUAAUGGUAGUUUGUUAUUGGGUACAGGUUAGUAUCCACGCAACUAGAUUUCAGUAAGAAUAACAAAAGCACUUGAAGUCUGUUAUGUAGUAAGAAU